GAAACAGUAAAGAAAAUUAUUGCAAUCGAUGUAAAUAUAACCAAUAUGGAUAUAUUUAAUGUUUUCUAAAUUUUUAUAUGAUGUUUGUGUAAAUGCCUGUGUAGAAUCAAGGAGAUGCUUGCUUUGCUUUUUGGCAAUUAUUAUAUUCUGACAAAAUAAAACUCAUAAUUGUGCUUUCGUUGGCCAUUGUAUAUUUAUUUUUAUUUCCUUUGGGUUGUGUUGUUGAGUGUUGACUUGAGAGUCUUACUACUAUUGAGCAGUGGGGGGCUUCUAUUCUUGAAUUCUGCACUUUGUAGCUAUAAGAAGCAAAAUAUGACUGUUGGGGCUGGGAUAUCUUUGAGUGAUGGGAGGUUGACUGUGUUUGGGAACUGUGUGUUGCAUGAUGUUCAUGAAAAUGUAGUGAUAACACCAACAUCAGGCCCUGGGGAUGCAAUGAUCAAUGGAGCUUUCAUUGGAGUUAAAUCAGACCAUAAGGGAAGCAGAAGAGUUUUUCCUAUAGGAAAGCUUCAAGUUUUGGAUCUCAUUGGCAGGGAAUUGAGGUUCAUGUGUGUUUUUAGACAUAAUUUCUGGUGGAUGACUCAAUGGAUGGGAACAUGUGGAAAAGAUAUCCCCUUUGAAACCCAAUUCUUAGUUGUUGAAGUAUGUGAUGGAACUCAUAUUGAAGAUGGAGAUAAAGCUGAAGAUCAACAUAAUUCAGCAGUGUAUGCAGUUUUUUUGCCAAUACUUGAAGGUGAUUUCAGGGCUGUUCUUCAAGGGAAUGAACAAAAUGAGAUUGAGAUCUGCUUGGAAAGUGGAGAUCCUGAUAUUGAUCAAUUUAAAGGCAGUCAUUUGGUUUUUGUAGCAGCUGGAUCAGACCCUUAUGAUGUUAUCACCAACUCAUUGAAGACUGUGGAGAAACAUCUGCAAACCUUUUCUCACCGAGAGAAAAAGAAGAUGCCAGAUAUUUUGAACUGGUUUGGCUGGUGUACAUGGGAUGCUUUUUAUACUAAUGUCUCUGCUGAGGGCCUGAAGCAAGGAUUAGAGAGCUUGGAGAAAGGUGGAACUCCUCCUAAGUUUGUCAUCAUCGAUGAUGGAUGGCAAACCGUCGGUAUGGAUCCGACCGGCAUCGAAUAUAGAUCUGAUUGUACAGCAAACUUUGCUAACAGGUUAAUACAUAUCAAAGAGAAUCAUAAAUUUCAAAAAAAUGGCAAAGGUCACAGAGCAGAUGAUACAGCAAUGGGACUUGGCUAUGUUAUUAGUGAAAUGAAAGAUAGAUAUGCUUUGAAAUAUGUUUAUGUAUGGCAUGCAAUAACAGGAUACUGGGGAGGAGUUAAACCUGGAAUUACUGAAAUGGAACACUAUGAACCAAAGUUAGUAUAUCCUGUUUCAUCACCAGGGGUUCCGUCAAACGAUUAUUCCGAUGUUUUGCAGUCCAUUACUAUCAAUGGUGUUGGUUUAGUGAAACCAGAGAAAGCUUUUGAGUUCUAUAAUGAUCUUCAUUCAUAUUUGGCAUCUGCUGGUAUUGAUGGUGUUAAAGUUGAUGUUCAAAGCAUUCUUGAAACUCUUGGAGCUGGCCAUGGUGGAAGAGUAAAACUCACUAGAAAAUACCAUCAGGCAUUAGAGGCUUCAAUAUCUAGCAAUUUCCAUGACAAUGCAAUUAUUGCUUGUAUGAGUCACAACACUGAUACUUUAUAUAGUGCAAAGAGCACAGCUGUUAUGAGAGCUUCAGAUGAUUUCUUCCCUAGAGAUCAAGCUUCUCAUACGAUUCAUAUUGCAUCGGUCGCUUAUAAUACCAUUUUUAUCGGGGAGUUUAUGCAACCAGAUUGGGACAUGUUUCAUAGCUUACAUCCAAUGGCUGAAUACCACGGAGCUGCUCGUGCUGUAGGAGGAUGUGCAAUAUAUGUCAGCGACAAACCUGGACAACAUGAUUUCAACCUGUUGAAGAAGCUUGUACUUCCCGACAGUUCAGUUUUGAGGGCGAAAUAUCCAGGAAGACCAACUAGAGAUUGCUUAUUUUCUGAUCCAGUCAGAGAUGGCAAAAGUCUUUUGAAAAUAUGGAAUCUAAAUGAUUUUACCGGAGUUAUCGGGGUAUUCAAUUGCCAAGGAGCUGGUUGGUGUGAGGUUACGAAAAAGAUGGUUAACCAUGAUGAACAACCUGGUACUAUCACAAGCAUUAUAAGAGCUAGUGAUGUUGAGUAUCUGUUUCAAGUAGCUGAGGAUGGUUGGAUUGGAGAUAGUAUCUUUUAUUCACAUCUUGGUGGUGAGGUUACUUAUCUCCCAAGAAAUGCGUUUAUGUCGAUUACGUUAAGGCCCCGGGAAUACGAAGUUUUUACCAUUGUUCCCGUUAUGGCAUUGUCUAGUGGGUCUAAAUUUGCUCCUAUAGGCCUAACCAAGAUGUUCAAUUCAGGAGGGGCUAUCAAGGGAUUGAAAUAUGAAACUGAGAAUCCUGUUGCAACUGUUAUCAUGAAAGUUCGAGGCUGCGGUCCAUUCGGAGCAUAUUCAUCAACUAAACUGCAAAGGAUAACAGUUGAUUCGGAGGAAGUGGAGUUCGAAUAUGAAGGCGAAUCCGGUUUGGUUACUUUUGCACUGAAAGUCCCAGAGGAAGAGCAGUACCUCUGGAACAUUGUCAUUGAGCUAUAAGGAGAUUCGAAAGUUUUAUUCCGUUUUCAGCCCUUGUUUGUCGAUGAUUUCCUACAGUUCGAACCAUUUCCGAAUGAGAAUUUCCUAUGAGCUGACUUCAUUUCAAGAAUGAAAUGUGUAUGGAUUAAAUAAUGAACCUGGUGUAAAACAACCUUUUCAUAUUGAAAUGAAUUUUUCCUUUUUUUUUUAUCAAA